UAGAAUCACCAUAUGAAAGGUGAAAGAAUUGAUACUUGGUCUUCAGUAGAAGAAAAUCAAAAUAAAAGUGAUAAAAUUAGUCAAGAAUCCGCCUCACCUCAUGUUGUAAUCACUAAAAAGACUCGGAGAAUUAAAGAAAAAUGUUUGGCUCGUGCUUCAAAAGGGACAGAGAAAGAUCUCUCGAUUUCUAUAUCUCCUCCAAACCUCAACGAGGAUAUAAAAAUUCUGGAGUCAAUGAAAUUACAAAAUAAAGAUAUUAUAAAUACUAGUACUCAAGAGAACCCUUUUUCUAAAAAUAGACCUCCAUCAUGCAGAUUUCCUUUCAGAAACAUGAUGUUAAGUAAGGAAAACUUACAGAUCAGGAAAAACUGAGACAUUCAGAUCCACCACAAAUAAGCAGAGACCAAAAACAGCUAGAUUUAGAAGAAAAGUACCUAAUUCCAAAUAAAUAUUGCUCUCUUCGACCACGAGUUAAGAAAAUGACUGGAGAAUUUGAAAAAUAUUUAAUGAAAAUAAAGAAGAGAAAAUAAGAGUAAAGAAAAUAAGAUUCAGCCUAUCAAAGACACAACUCAGACUAACGGUCUUAACAAAGAACUAACUUGGGUCAACAUUUCUUCUAAAGGGAGGAACACCAUUCUUCCUUUUGCGUUUGAUAAGAAAAUCAAGAUUGCUGCUAGAAGACCCCAAACUGCUAUUAGGAGAGGUUCCUGAGAAACAGUUUAUAAAGAAAGAGUCAAUAGAGUCUGAAAACUAAAAACUCUAUCAGCACAUAAUACUACAAAAGAUAUUAGCAAAAGACUGAAAGACUUUUAUAUCUCUACUCGUAUUAAACCAUGUAGUCUUAAGAAGAGAAACAAAAGGAAAGACCUGAUGAAUAUUCAGAGGAAUUAUACUGUCAGCAAAACUCCUUUGGCACAUCUCCACCCAAGAUUGAAGCAAGCUAUGAAGAAGAAUAAGCUUCGAAAGAUCUUCAGCUAAGCAUCUGUCAAUAAUGAAGAGGAUUAAUUCAGGCUACUCCAUAGAAACAUUUCUCUAAUUAUUUCAACAU